AUGAUCACAGAGAAAACUGGCUCUGGUUCAAAGAUGUCAACUUUGAAUGAUCAUCCCCCACUCUGCUUUGUUACUAAGGAGUCGGGGAACCCUUUUGUGGAGCAAGCAGUGCAGUACUCUGUGGCAGCUGCAUAUGCUACAGAUGACAAGGACAGGAAGGAAGUGUUACAAAAACUACUACUGCAAGGUCUUGAUAUCACCAUUUUAGGUAGCAAUGACUUUUAUUCAUAUCGGAAUCAGAUUGAAGCACGUGGACUCCCUUUGUUGCCUAAAUCAUUGGCUGCUCUUCCUCCUUUUGCAUCAAUUACUUUCAAUUAUGGGGAAUCCAGCGGAGAAAAUAGCAAGCCAGAAGUUGCAAAAUCUGGAUUGGGUUCAUCUGCUGCUAUGACAUCUUCGGUGGUUGCUGCUUUGCUUCAUUACCUGGGAGUUGUUGAUCUUGCUCACGUGAAGGGCACUGCAGAUCUGGAUGUGGUGCAUAUUAUAGCUCAAACUGCUCAUUGCAUUGCACAGGGGAAAGUUGGCAGUGGAUUUGAUGUUAGCUCUGCAGUUUAUGGUAGCCAUCGUUAUGUCCGUUUUUCACCAGAAGUAAUCUCUUCUGCUCAGGUCUUUAUCUUGUCUCCUUUUUCCACAAACAAACAUGUUGCUGCUCGUUAA